UGGGAGACGAGGCUUAAAUAGUCCGUACUUGUCUUAUUAGAGAAAGUGUAUAAAUCAUGGAAUGUGCUAAAGGUCGCAAGUGGUCCUCAAAAUUGGGGUCAAAGAUCGGUGCUUUAUUUGUAGAAGAUGAACUCAAUGAAGUGUGAACUCACCGAGAAACGCCGAACACAUUUCUUGGCGGUGCGGUAAAGCGUAAAUCCGAUAACGGUGGUCGUGACAUCAGAUGCUAUCAAGAUGGUGGCGUAAAGCAGUAAAAGCAAUACUGUGUUGUGAUUAAUCAAAGAAAUGUUUGUAUUGUGCGCGCAUUUCUCGUGGACGAUUACAGAAAUAUUCACACAAGAUCAAAUUGCAACGUGCCAAAGAUCGCAUAUGAAACAUCGAAAGCGCAUAUAGAUACUUUACUGGAAUAUAUAAGUAACAUAUAAGUAACUAUAGUGUUACAAAAUGGUCAGACGCAAGCUACUAAGUGAUUCAUAUUUGAAUAAGGAAUUUCGUCGGGACUCAGUGUCCGAAUAUAUAGUCAGCCGAAAAGGCUCUUUGUCAGACUUGGUGUUUGCGACAAACCGGAAACUAUCCAGGGAUGCUUUUCUGACUGGAAGUACACGAAACUCUCGUGCGCCUAGUUUAACCAAUCAGCCUUAUACAAACCAAUCACGUGAUUCAAAACAGCGCUCCACGAGUCUGUCGGGGACCGUAGGACCGGUGACACCAGAAACAUUAGCACGCGAGAAAGCUAAUUUAGAAUGUAGAAAUCAUGGUGACGGUAGUAGCUUUUUAGAAAAGAGAUUUCAGAAGACGAAUUCACUGAAUGAAACGUCCAGACGUCAAUCAAGGACAUCUUUACUAAACGCGGCGAAGAGACGUAAAUGUUUACGCAAACUCCAAGUACUACAAACGUUUGAAACCGCUUUAAAAACCCGACAGAAACGGCGAUUUGACCCACUGAUCCGGUUCCGUCGAGCCGCUCGAACCGUUGUCCUCAUACUCAAGGCGACUGCCAGCAGCAGACACGCGUCCCAGCAGCACGAGCAGCUCGUGUCCUGGACCCAACUGGCAGACGAGCAGAGCACCGCGCGCCGGACUUACGACCUGUUCGGGAUCUCCUUCGACCCCAGCGUCUUUAGGGCAAAGAGGGAGAAGGUGCUGAGUAAUGAGGCCAAGGCAAUCCUGUCCUUGUACCCGUCUGACCGGACGGACGAGCAGGUGAAGCUGGUGGUCCUGUCUCUAAACCAGACCGUGGACGCCUUCGGUGAAUUCCCCAUUCGUCUGCAGAGGUCGCUAGCUAGCGUUGGCUGGUACGAAAAUUUUGAUGCGAAACGUGUAAUAAUCAGACAAGGCCACGUGGCGGAAAACUACUACUUCAUACUGUCUGGAACAGCGGUGGUGACCCUGCUGGAGACUAAUCGAGACACGGAGGAGCAGUGCGUGCGCACAGUCGCCAUCCUGAAGACCGGAAAUAGCUUCGGGGAGCUGGCGUUGAUGCAUGGAGCACGGCGCAGCGCCACGGUGACGUGUAAGACGAACGUGGAGCUGCUGGCAGUGAGUCGCGAGGACUUCAUCGACAUCUUCAUGCAUAUUGAGACUGACCGGGAACCAGAGCACAUCCGCUUCCUCCGCUCCAUAGAUCUGCUCAGAGGCUGGCCCAUUGAACUGCUGCCUCAAGACAACCCGAGGAUAUGUCUGUUUACUUUUUUUCGCCGCGGAGUGCUGUUGUGUAAGGACAGCAACGACACUGAGUGGAUCUACGUCAUCAAGAGCGGCACGUGUAGGGUCCUUAAAGACUUGCUGGACACAAAGCCUAACAUACCAGGACUGGACUCAAUACCGUAUUCGUUUAACAAAUCAUAUAUCAAGUUACCUCCCAUACCUCAGGCCAAGAUUCCCGAGAGCCAGAGACUUCGUCGCAGUACACAGCUUACUAACAAUCCAUCGAGGCUUGGUAGUCGUCUGCUGAACACCAUUCAGUCAAACGAUACCAUGAUAUUAGACCAUCAACAUCAACUCAAUGAGAUAUUUGAGAAGAGACACAAGGUUUUGGCACGACAAAGACAUAGUGACACGUCCGCAACAACACGUCAUUCACAUGUUGAGCCCCAUCCGUCAGUUAGCAAGGUGUUUGUGCAAAUACAGAAGCUAGGACCAAGGGAUAUUUUUGGUUUGGAGCAGACGGUAUUCGGCCUGAUAGGGCAGACGACAAGCUGCAGUCUGGUAUCAGACGGCGCGGAGUGCAUCCUCAUCAACAAAAAGUUUUUCAUGAAGCAUCUCUCAGACACUUUGGCCAAACACCUAAGGCGGACGAUCCAGCCCAUACCGAGUGAAGAAAGCUUGCAACAGAAGCUUCAAGACCAGGCCAACUGGAAUGCAUUCAAGACUAUGACGGUCAACAACUUCAUCGUGCACCGGAAGCAACUCCAUGACCAUGCGCAAGAAGUCUUACACUACAUCAGCGAAUGAGACACAUCUUCAAGUUUCGGAAGAAUCGCGAUAGACUUGAAUGCUAAACAGGAUAUCGUUUUAUCCACAACGGCUUGUGAUCACAUUGUUGUAAUUUGUACAAUCUGGCAACGUGCUCAUUUCACGUGACGUAUCUGAAUUUGCGCUGUAUCUAUUGCACGGCUGUGAUAGCGGGAACUGUUAAAUAAUCUCACAAAAUACGUUGUGUGCAAUACUCAAGUUUCAAUAAAUUUAUGCAAAAUAUGUGAACUAACUUAAACGCCAAUAUACAGUGUGGUAUACUGCAACCAGACUUUUUCCCUUCCGUCACAUUGGACAUAUAUGUAUGAAGCUGCUGAACUAUUGCAGGGCAAAUUAAAUAUUAAUUCUUGUUUUUAUUAAGUUCUCUUACAAAAAGUUAUUGCAGUUGUAUAUUGUUGGGAGAAGAUUUCAUUUCUAUCAUUUAGAAAUAAACUUGUACAUUUUUGAAUACAUGCAUUCAUUUUCCCGACAUUCGUUUUUACAAUUGCAUAGAACCCCGUUAUAUUUCGAAACAUGUCAAGUUGUGUUGAUAGUUUGAAAAUUUGUCUCGUAUUCAUGUUCGAACAAAUCACGCGUUCGGGCUUGUUUAUGAUUUUUUCCAAGCUUUAGAACAUUUCUCGUAGCUUUCGAGUUCUCUCCUUGCGCCCCGUACAUCCAAAAAAUUCCAACAUGAAAAACGCACACAUGUUCUCAUGCACUUAUCCGCGCAUUUAUUUGUGUUAUUCUGUAUGGUGUGACAUUUCUGUUUGCACACUUUCGAUCUGUAAAUUUUGUUAAUAGUUUUAAUAAAUACAAGGAUAUCACUUGAA